GAGCGAGCGCAGCGGGUCCGGAGGGCCGAGCGGGCGGAGGCGAGCAAAGUCGGACGCUUCGGAGGCAUCGCGGAGCUGGGGCCGGCGCUGCGCGGAGGCAGGAGAGCAGGAGGGGCCCGUGCCCGGGAGACCCGGGUGGGAAGGCCGAGGGGAGCGCGGGACCCCGAGCUGGGUCUGGAGCGAUCCCGGCCGGGCAGGCCCUGGGAGCCCGGGGGAGGGGGAGCCGAGUGACUGGAGGCAGGCUCACUGUGUCCCUUCCCAGGUCCUGUGGCCCCCUCAGGGUACUUUGCUCUGGUUUUCUGAGCCACAGUGUGGACCACAGUGCCUUGGUCUGAGCCUUGUCAGGACCCCAGGUCUUUCUGCUGUGGCCCCAGAGAGUCCCCCAGCCUCUUUUUCUGGACCCCACUGUGAAUCUCAGCCACUAUGGAGACCUGGGCUCUUUUCUGAGUAGCCCCGGAAUUCCAGUAGGGCACCCGGAUCUCUUGUGAAUAUUGGAGGAUCCUCCUUGCCUCUCAGAUACUUGGAGGGGUAUCUAAUCUUCCCUGGGAAACCCCAGUUCUAACUCUUGUAUACUCUAAAGGUGUUGUGAUUUCUCCCUUUACAAACUCUGAGCCCGAACAACCCUAGACCAUUUCUCUCAACACACGAAGCACCUCAGCUCCCCUCUCUGGGAGAAUUCUGAGGCUUACUGGAGAGAGCCUGUCAGACUGGGCAGGUCUUCCCCCUGGAGCUCCCAGGAUAGGUGAACCUGAGAGUAGCCUGGCUUUUCCUCUAGGCCUCACCUGUGCCAAAUUCACGUGCACAAGCCCAGGUGGUGUCUGUUUAAAUCCGUCAGGCAUCCUUAGGUCAAGAAUACAGUUUCUUUGUUUGUUUUUGUUUAUUUUUCCUCUCCCGAGAGGCAGAGGCCUCCUCUCUUGCAUUUGGGAUUCAGCUUUCGCUCAUUCCCAAUCUAGUUGACAUUGAGCACCCCCACCUACUUCCUUCAAAAGUCCAGGCCCUGUUCCCUGCCCCUGAGGGACCCCUGCACAGAUCUGUCCGACUCCUCGAAGCUCGCCUGAGCUCUGCCCGCUCCCACCAUCAUGAUGAUGUGGUCUAACUUCUUUAUGCAAGAGGAGGAUCGCCGCCGAGCCGCUGUGGGACGGCGUCGUGCCCAGGGACAGCAGAAUCUCGGCUUGACUCCGGAGCGCGAGGGCAAGAUCAAGCUGGUGUUGCUCUUGGCUACGGUGGGUGCCACACUGGCUGUGCUGUCCGUGGGCACCGAGUUCUGGGUGGAACUCAAUACAUACAAGUCCAACGGCAGCGCCGUCUGUGAGGCUGCCCAUAUGGGGCUGUGGAAGGUGUGCAUCAAGCGACUGUGGCAGGCUGACGUGCCCGCGGGCAGGGAGACCUGUGGUCCGGCUGAGCUACCAGGAGAGGCAAACUGCACCUAUUUCAAAUUCUUCACCACGGGGGAGAAUGCACGAAUCUUCCAGCGAACCACCAAGAAAGAGGUAAACCUGGCAGCUGCUGUGAUAGCCGUGUUGAGCCUGACAGCCAUGGCCUUGGGCUGCCUCUGUGUCAUCAUGGUGCUCAGUAAAGGUGCAGAGUUCCUGCUCCGUUUGGGAUCUGUCUGCUUUGGCCUCUCAGGCCUGCUGCUCUUUGUCAGUCUGGAGGUGUUCCGGCAUUCCGUUAGAGCCCUGCUUCAGGGAGCCAGCCCUGAGACCCCCCCAGCUCCACGCCUGACCUAUGAGUAUUCCUGGUCCCUGGGCUGUGGUGUGGGCGCUGGCCUAAUCCUGCUGCUGGGGGGCAUCUGUUUCCUGCUGCUCACCCUGCCUUCCUGGCCCUGGGGGUCACUGUGCCCCAAGCGUAGCCCAACCACCUAGAGCCCUGGCCUGCUUUCUGUAGGCAUCUGCCGAGCCGGCCUCAGUUUCCAGCUUUCUCCUCAAGACUUUUCAUCUCUCUUUUAGAGAAACUGUUCUUCCCACUCUGGGGGCCCAUUUCACAAAACGUCUUGGUCCCUCAUCUUCUUUCUGUAAAUAGCAGUUUUGGGGGUGUGGAAGAUGGUUCAGUAUGUAAAGUGCUUGCUGAGCAAGCAUGGGGACUUAAGUUUGGGCCCCCCAGAACCUACUUUAAAAGCCAAAUCAGUGGUACAUGUCUGUAAUCUCUGGGUUGGAAGGCAGAGACUGGGGAACCCUGGGCCUCACUGGCCAGCUAACCUAGCCAAUUAAUGAGGUCCAGGUUCAGGGAGAGAUCCUGUCUCAAAAGUAAGGUGGAAGCUAUGGAGGAAGAUGCCUGAUGCUGAACUCUGACAUACCCCCCCACCACACACACACACAUUUUUUUUUGUUGCUUGGGGCAGGAUGUGAAGAAGCUAUGUGCAAAUUCAGGCCCCCUGGGGAACCUUCCAGGGAGCUGAUGGGGAGAAGGGUGUAAGUCAGUGGGAGGGCAGGGGUCCCAGAAGGAUUUGGGGGCCUUCCUUGUCCAAGUCUAUGCUGAUUCACUUGAGGGAGAGAUGUCCUACCUGGUGGGGCAGGGAAGAGCCUGGGUCUGACUUCACUGUGCUCUGAUUUGGGAUUAAAGGUUUGAAGAUGUGA